CGUAUGGCAUGAGUUUGUGGCGUGUUGCUCUGUUCGGGGGCAAUCACUGACGUCAUAGUCAAACAUGGCUGUGACUGGUAUCCACAUCUUUCGGAGAAGCCUCACUGUCCCAGUGCGCUCAGUAGCUCUUCUUCUUAACCUCAAAAAAUAUCUGGAUGACGAAACACAACGCAAUAACUGAGAAUCUCUUCGGCUAUUAACAACUCCAAGAGAUAUUGGAAGAGCAUUGAGAAUAUUAAUUUCUCCUUAGACAGCAGUGCAAGCUUUCAAUUGAAAUCCCAUUAAAAUUCUCGUUUAUUAUUUUGACAGAAGGAACAAUCUUAUUCAAUAAUAUUCAAUGGAGAACAACUAGAGAGUGAAAUAAAAUUUUUUUAUUUAUGAAAAAUAACUCAAUACAAGGGUUCUGCAGUCAACUUUGUGAAAAAAAUCAAUAAAAUAACAUUAACCAAGUGAAGAAAAAUAUAAUAAGAUCGACUAGUUCAAAAACAAAACUCACAGAUGUCGAAAGAAACCACACCAACAAUUCCUCCAGACACUCCUGAAGAUUUCAUCGCCUCUGUCAAGCACCUACUUACCACCUACGAGCCCCAAAACCUCUCGGAAUACUUUAGUAUCUACCAAACCAACGAUAUACUGAAUCAAACCUCCUGGUCCCUAGUACCAGUAAUCUGUGCUUACUUAACUGAAGAAAACCUCAGGACUAGAAAGGACUUCUUUAGAACUUGCCAGCGACUGCUCCUAAUUUUUGCUGACAAAUGCAAUCCCGCAGAGACUGUUCUAAUUUUCCUAGAGCAAGUGGAAAAUUUAUCGGACGACGUAAGGUUUGUAAGCCUACUAAAGCCCAUAGAAUUGUCUCUCAGAAAAGGAGACCUGUCAAAAUCCAUUGACUGGGUCGUCAGCACCAUUAGGGCAUACGCCGAGGACCUUCCACAAGUGGAAAAUAUAAAUCCUGAAAUGAUUAGUCCAGAUGCUCCAGAAGAUCCUAUUAUAGAGCGUCUGACAACAAUCCAUCGUGAAAUUCUUAAUUUUUUAUCGUCUGUGGUCGACAUUAGUCUUAACAAAAAACAGUCAAAGCGCGAGAAUGUAAAAAUCAUCAUGAAUUUACUUAAUAUUCACUUAAACUUAUUCUCGAAGCCAUUUUGUCAUUUAAAUGUGAAAGCUGAAGACACUUCGUCCGUCUUUUACUUGAUGAUUUCUCAGAUGUUAAUAUUGGAGAAAAAUCCUCUCAAGUUUCUGAAAAUCAUUGAGGACAGGAGUCACAAGAGAGUGAAGAACUUUACCUCAGAAGCGAAGAAAAAUGACCUUUACAAUCUGGAGUUGCAACUCUUUGAUCUAGAGGUUUCCGAUCUUACGUAUGCCAAUUUCUUCUUAACUCUGAUAUCAUCGGAAUCGUUGUUCAGACAAUUGCCUCAGGUUUAUCAUCCUCAUUACAUUAUGCACUGUUGUUUUUACCUGGCGACUUGUCUGUUGAAGCAACCGGAGUAUAUUCUGAUAUCCAAGGGGCUCAGACUUGUCGAAAGUGCUCUCAUGAGAGUGGCUGAAGAGUCCAUUCAGCCAGAUGGGUUACAACUGACGAGAUAUAAUGACUUAUUCACAAGUAUCUCCCAGGUGAUGAUUUACUGCGACUCUUCGGUGGAAAGACAAUUCGCUUUGCAUGUCUUCCAAGAAUGUAUCAAGAGGUUCUCCAUAAGGGCGAGAUAUAUGGUCAUUCGACAAUUGUAUGAAACUACCAAGCACUCAGGAUUACUGGCUCUGAUCAUAAAUAUUCUCAAGAGCUCAAUAAUAAUUUCGUUGGAUCGAGAGGAUGUGAAUUUUAUUGAGAAAAUGGAGUGGAUCUUCGAGAGAAUCUUCAGUCUUCCUCAUGGCUGUGUCUCGGACUUUGUGGAGUUGUCAGAGGAGAUAAUUGCGGCGUUGAACCUUCUUAGAUUUUUGGUCAUCAGGGACAAGAGUAAUAUCACUGGAAUAUGGAAAUUCAUGCGGGAUAUUCAGAAUGGAUAUCUCAAAGAGGUACGAGAUGGGGUGGAACUGGCGAAGGCUCACUGGAAAAUGAAGGUCAAAGAUCUUGAAGUGCUAGUUAAGAGGAAAGGACUGGAGUAUGAGAGAACUGUUGUCAAGGUUUCGAUUAUUGUUGGAGGGCAAGAACUACCGGAUAUGCCGUUGCGCCAGAAGAUGGAAUUUUGUUAUCAAGCAAUUAAUGCUCUGGAUGUUAUUGAGAGUAUUGUCAUUAGGGUUAAUGAAUGUGUGAGAAGUUUAUGGACUUCUAGGAUCACUUUAGCUGAGCAGAAGGAUAAAAAUGUUAGUACAGAAACGAGAAAAACUGAGGAGCCAAAACAGGAAUCCGAGGAGGAGUAUGAGGGGAAGAUUAAAAAGCAAAUACUCACCGCUGCAAUGUCGUUUGUAAAAGGACAUGGGUGGAGUCAGGAUGCUAUAAGUGCAGGUGCUGAAUCAAUUGGAUAUCCCGGUGUUAUCCAUGGACUAUUCCCCAGUGGAGGUGCUGAGCUGGUUCUCCACUUCUACGCAAAUUGUAAUGCAGAAUUGAAUGAAAUCAUGAAGUCAGGGACAUUGGUAACUGGAGAAGAGCCUUCACAACUCACACAAAUCUCAGAAAAAUUUGUGAAGAAGGCAGUGGAGAGGAGAUUGAGAAUGCUAAUACCCUAUAAGUCUACUUGGCCCCAAGCUAUGGGCCUUCUCGCUCUCCCACCGAAUGUUCCACCGGCUCUGGCUAAUUUACUCACUCUCGUUGAUGAUAUCUGUUAUUACGCUGGAGACAGAUCAGUUGAUUUCCAUUGGUACACAAGACGAAUUGCUGUUGCUGGUAUAUAUAAAACCAGUGAAUUAUACAUGUUACAAGACGAAAGUGAGGAUCACAAACAAACAUGGGAAUUUUUAGGAAGAAGAAUUGAAGACGCAGUGCAAUUGAACAGAGCUCUCUGUGUAGAUUUACCACCACCUGAUCAAGCAUUGAAUAAAGCCACAGAGGCAGCGACAGCUGUUUUCACUACAGCACGAAAUAUACUCGGGAUGAAUUGGAAUAGGUGAACAUAUGCCAAAUGCAUCGCAGUAUUUCUAUAACUAUGUAGUUGAUUAUAAUGAAGAAUGAGAAUAAUAAAAAAAAUUGAAGUCCAAA